AAAGACAUUUUCAACUUAGAAAAACAGUUAAACACUCAGUCAGAUGUGAAUGAGCUGUUACCUGAAACGAGGAGGAAUAAUGUCAAGGAGCCUCUUUCAAAUUUGUGUAUUGGCAACAGUUUUAACUGUUGCGCAUACCUGUUAUGAAGAGAUGCACAGACAGAUGGCCAGUUCCUUUCAUUUGUUACAUCAAUUCCACAGUCAACAGCAGCAGCAGCAGCAGCACCAACAUCGUCCUAGCAGUAAUGGUCAGCUCCUGUAUGAGGGGAACCGUGACUUUGCUCUCCGUCUGUACAAGCACAUGGAAACACCAAGGUCCAAGAACCUUUUUUUCUCUCCUCUAAGCAUCUCCACGGCCCUGGCUGCUCUCUCCCUAGGAGCAGAGGGUGAGACCAACCAGCAAAUUUUCAGUGGCCUUGGAUUCGGCAAUCCCAAUAUUGCAAAAGAGCAAGUGCACCAAGCAUUCCAGAGCCUUCUAGAAGAUCUUAGGUCAAAGAUGGCAGUGGAAUUGAAGACAGGCACUGCUUUGUUUCUGAAGGAAACCCUCAAGCCACAUUUGGAGUUUCUUGAGAAUCUGAAGCGUUUCUACAGCUCAGAUGGCUUCACGACCGACUUCACUAAAACUGCAGAAGCGACAGAAAUGAUUAAUAACUAUGUGAAAGAAAAGACAAAUGGCAAAAUCAACAAAAUGCUGGAAAGUGUGAAUCCGGACACCUUGAUGGUCCUCCUCAGUUACAUAUAUUUCAAAGGUAAAUGGGAGAUUCCAUUUGAUCCAAGAGCUACUAUGCAAGACAUAUUCUGGGUGGACACUUAUACCCCUGUUUUUGUUCAGAUGAUGUUCAACAAGGACCAUUUCAGUGUCUGCCAUGAUUAUACUCUUUCCACAAGCGUGCUUCAGUUACAUUUCACUAACAGUAUCUCUAUGAUGCUGGCUCUUCCCCAAAAUAAUCUGCAGGAGCUGGAAGCAAAGAUUAGUCCAAAUGACGUGUCAAAAUGGCAGCAGUGCAUGAGAAAAAGUGAGUACAGCAUCUACGUUCCUAAACUGUCCAUUAAAACAUCAUACGCUCUGAAAGAUGUCUUGAGCACAUUGGGAAUGAGCAAGAUGUUCCGUCCAGAUGCAGACUUUAGGAGAAUCUCAGAGGAUCAGAUUUUUGUUUCUGAGGCUGUGCAUCAAGCAACAUUGGAUGUGGACGAAACAGGAGCAACUGCAGCAGCAGUUACAGGACUGAUGGGUGUGCCUGGAUCCUACCGACCAAGCUUGAUACUGAAAUUUAAUCGUCCGUUCAUGGUCUUCAUCAUUAGCGACGACACUAACAGUAUUCUCUUCAUGGGAAAAAUACAAAAUCCAGCUGAGAAAUAAAACGGCACUGUGUUAAAGUAGCAUCUGAUGGCUGCUUUUUUGAAGGGAGGAGUGUUCAAGUGAAAGCUUUUGUACUGAACAUGGAGUGCAAGACCUUUUGUGGUCCUAUUCAUAAGCACGACAGUGCUUUUCAGAAGCAUUACAAUGACUGUAACACAACUUGUAGUGCUAUUCAUAAGUAUGAAAUCAUUAUUUACCUGUUAUUUCUUAGCCAGGUUAGCCAUACUGUUUUAUUAUAUGUCAUCUGUCCUCUGACUGUACUGUUUCGUUUCUGUUCGUGCUGUCUUGAUACCAAAUUGUCGCUACGUAAAAUUAAAUAUAAGGACUCAAUCUAAAGGAACUUAGAAACUCCUGGCAAAUGUUACAGAACUUAUGUAAGUUAAUGCUUGGGGCCGAACUUGAGACGUGUGUGUUUGCAUCUGCCAUGCUGUGAUGCUUAGCUGUUACAUGACGGAGGCUUGUUUCAGUGAAAUAAAAUUGAUAUCAGCAAGUAA